AAGAGCUUACUGUCAUGUUAUUUUCGAAUGAAGAAAACAGGCGAAUAUGUUUUGCUAAAAGUUAUUUUCCUGGCGUUUUGCAAUAAUUAAAAGUACAGUAAAAGCAUGAAGCGAUCAUCGAAUUCAAGAAGGUAUUCUGAGGUAUGGAAUUACUUUAAAGUCAGCCGCAACGACAGUUCAAAAUGCAUAUGCACUAUCUGCAGCAAGCAUAUUAGCCGCGGUAAAUGCGUCUCGAAUUAUUCCACUACCUCCAUGCUAAAACAUGUCAGGUUUAUUCACAAGAUCAAUCUCCAACAAUUCUCAGCACCAACAAAUAAACAUUCAAUAACUCACACAGCGUCAACAGCAGAAGAAACCAUAGAAACGCCAGAAAAACGCUGCCAUUUUGAUACGAGUCACACAGCUACACACAAAAUUACUAAGUUGAUUUGCGAAAUGAUCGCGAUUGACUUUCUGCCAAUAUCCAUGGUUGAAAAUGAAGGAUUUAGAAGAUUAUUAAACGAACUUCAACCUAGUUAUGUCGUGCCAAGUGAUAAAUAUAUAACCAGAACAAUUUUACCGGAUAUUUAUUCCAGCGUGAAGCAAAAAGUGCAACAUUCUAUAAAAAAUGCUGCCGGGCCAGUUUCGGCCACACUCAACAUUUGGUCAAGUCCAGAAAACAACACGUACUUGUGUAUAACAGCGCAUAUGAUUAUGUGGUCCAGAGGCUCACUUGAGCAUGUGUCUUAUAUUCUUGCAUGUAAAGAAUUCAAUACAUCAAUCACUCACAACAGAAUAUGCCAAGAAGUAGCGUGGCAUGAAAAAGACUGGAACACAAAGUUUCACUUCAUUGUUUCCGAUGACAGUCCGCAAAUUGUUAACGCUCUAAAAUUGGGGGAAAUUGACAACAUAAAGUGCAUGGAACAUGCUCUAAAUCAAAUCGUGCUGCAUUCUCUACAAGAAGGCCUGCAAAGUGUUAAUGACGUUGUAGUCUAAGCUCGAACUGUGGUCGAUCAUUUUCAACAAUCGCCAAAAGAUUGUCAGAAAUUGAAAGAAUAUCAAGAACAACAUAAUUUGAAGAAACACAACUUGGUGCACGAUGAUCCAACGUGGUGGAGUUCAACUUUUAAAAUGUUAACUCGUGUUGUGGAACAGAAAGAAGGCAUCAACCAUCUUUCAUUAAAUGAAGGUUUGUGUGGGACAUUAGGUGCGACGGAAUGGAAACUUCUCAAAUCGGUUGUCGUCGUUUUAGAAAUGUUUGAAGUAGCAGUUAAAGAGCUGACGGGAAGCGAUGCGAACAUUUCACACAUUCUACCAAUAUCUUGUGGUCUACAAAAGAAACUUGCGAAGCUAUUAGAAGACAUGGGGAAUGGGGAAUUAUUUGGUAUCGGCAAAUUUGUUACUGAUCUGAAGGAACAGAUUGAACUUCGGUUUAAAAAACCAACAGCAGAUGUUUCUCAACCAGAAACUGCAUAUUUUCAAUCAGUGGGGAUAUACAACACAUGUGCCCUUGCAGCAGUUUUGGAUCCAAGGUUGAAAACUUCAUGGGCUUUGGAUGAAGUUGAACAGAUUUAUCUUGAAAAACUUUUGGAACAAAGAUGCAACAAGCUGUUCGAAGAAAGCCAAGCAGUAGAAGCACCACAAUUGGAAAAAGAGAAAGUACGUCCGAAAGAGCCUGCAGGAUUUAACUUCAGUCUCAUAUUUGAUUCCACCAACAGCGAUAGUGAUGACGAGACUUCAGAGGAACAAAAACCUCUCGAAAAACUGAAAGUUGACAUUCGUAAUUACGUUUUAAGUCCGCCUGUAAAACGAAGUAAAAACCCACUUCAGUAUUGGGAGACAUAUCGUUUUGACUGCCCAACACUAUUUGCCCUUGCUAUGACACAUUUGUCAUGCCCAGCAACAAGUGUGACCUCACACAGGUUAUUCAACCCCACCAAGGUAGUCAUGUCUCCAUUAGAAAAAGAACUAAAACCAAAUCAAGUCGAAAUCCUAACAUUUUUGCACACAAAUAUUCGCAAAUUGAACUAUGUAUAUUGAAGUAAUGCAGUCUGUUUCAAUGUGAAUUUUGUUUUACAUUUAAGGAAAAACAAUACGUUGUUUUUUUAUCCAUGUGUACAUGAUAUCCAUUGUUGCAUAUUGAUUUUGCUCGCUUUCUUUCUGUAUUAUUUAGUAAUUAUUAAA